CUUGAGAAUAACACUGAAGCACAGUUUAUGAUAUGGUCUGCAAAUGCACGUUGAAAAAUAUGAUAUAUAUGUUGGUUGUAGGUGUUGCUAUGGUGAUGUCAGUCAGAAUGGCUCCAUUUCAUCUGAUCUUUCUGCUCAUUGUUCCAGGGGUUUGUAGUGCUGAUCAUUGGGGUGUGAGUUACAGCCGCCCAUACAUCUGCGCACUAAAUGGCUCAUCUGUGAUAAUGCCCUGUACUUAUACAUACCCUCCUGGAUAUAAAGUCAUAAAGGUAAACUGGGUCAUAUAUAGGCCUAAUGCUAGAAAUGAUAAGUCUCCAGAUCUGUCUGAGGACUCUGAAUACAGUCAGAGGUUUCAGUAUCUGGGAGAUAAACGGCAGAUCUGCACCAUCAGACUGAAUGAUGUGACACAGAAGGAUGCACACAAGUACUAUUUCAGAUUCAUUACUAAUAAACCUGGUGGACAAUGGACUGAUGCUCCUGGAGUUACUCUUGAUGUCACUGAUCUGCAGAUAGAGACCCCCGCGAGCGUGACAGAGGGAGAUACAGUCAGUCUGACAUGUAAAAGCACCUGUAAUCUGACUGACAGAGCAACAUUCAUCUGGUUGAAAAACACACAGUCAUUAACUGAGAGAAACAAUAAACUUCUCCUGCAGUCAGUCAGAAGAGAGGAUGCAGGCAGAUAUAGCUGUACUGUACACGGACUUACAUCACCUCAUGUUUAUAUUGAUGUUGCAUACUCACCCAGGAAUGUGUCAGUGUCCAUCAGUGGAUCUGGUGAAAUAGUUUUGGGUGAUUCAGUGACUCUGACCUGCAGCAGUGAUUCAAACCCACCUGUUCUGAACUACACCUGGUUUAAUGAGAAUGAAAGCUCAGCUGUUGGAUCUGGACAGAGUUACAGUGCACUACAGAGUGGAUUCUUCUACUGUGUGGCUCAGAAUCAACAUGGAUCUCAGAGAUCAGCUGCUGUAUUGGUCACUGUUGAAGGUAGUUCUGGUCUUUGGCUUGUAGUUGUUGGAAUUGCUGUUGGUGUUGGAUUCUGUGUAGGUGCAGCUGCUCUUAUUGUUGUGUUGUGUAUUUGUAAGUGCAACAGGAGCAAAGGCAACACUGUCAGAAUAGAGUAUGAGAAUGUUAAGUCCAGUGAUCAGACAUAUACAGCUCUUGACCUCAAGUCCCAGUCCUCUGAUGUGUACAACACACUCAAUAUUGCUGAAAGGCAGAAAGUUCAGCUGUCUUGAACAUUUGAAGAUCGCUAAACCGUCCCAAUCACUUGAAUCUAGCUAUACAACUGCACCAGAUACUCAUUGAAAAUCAAUGGAUUCAUUCUCUCUAUUUAUCCACUUCACUUGUUACACAUCAUAAUUCAACAGUCUCUUGGGAUUUUGGACCAGUGCACCUACAGUAGUCUUGCAGUUAAAUGUGUGAACAGUGUAUCAUAAACAUAGAUAUACCACCACUUAGAUACAUACACUGUUGGUCUAAAAAAAAAAAAAAUGUUUAGUUAAAAUAUGUGCUUAUUGUUUAUGAGGACCUAUAAUGUCAAAAGAAAAUAAUCUGUUUUUAGGUGUAAGUGCACCCACUCUUCUGACACCAGACCCAGACAGCUUCAUGCGUCUCUCUCCCGUCUGCCGCUGUGAAAGUAAUUCGCCACUUAUCUUCCUGGCCUCGCUCUGCCCAGACGCCACUCGGCUCUGCCCUUCUCACCACAUACCCCCAUUGCCAAACUCAGGUCGGGGAUUUCUCUGGCCUAUGACCUACUCCCCCCCCCCAUUUCUAUAGAGGGAGCAUCGACAGGUCACACCGGUCUCCAGAUCUGACCUGUGCGUGCCUGGGAGGGGGAACAGGACGAAAGAGAGGAGAAAGGGAAGAGGAGGGGUGGGAAUAACAAAAGGGAAAGAGAAAGCAGAGAGGGGAGAGAGAGGAGCUCGCUGGCCCCAGAUACGCCAUCAAAUGGUCCUCGGCCCACUGUCCUGCUUCUGUCCGCGACACCGGAUGAUGGCACUGGACCCCUUGGCCAUUCCUUCCAGUUGCUGGUUGACACGGGACUCCAGCGCCACCGGAUCAAACACUCCCUCGCCAUCGCGACCCCCAGUCAGCGGCAAGGACUCCUUGGAUGGCGCACCCUUCCUCAUUCACGGGUUUUGGCACCAGUGUAACAAUUAAAGAUGGCAAAGGAGGAAGCUGGGACCGGCUUGACAAACACGUAGACAUUUAAUAACACUUUUCAGUGUAUAAAGAAACAAAAAUGCAUGUAUUUAUUAGAAACAAACUUUACUGAUCCAUGUCUCAUCACUCCAACACAGCAGUACUUCUCUCAGUGUUGCUGUUACACAAUGUCAUCAAGUGCGCUAUAAUGGUAUUGGCAAAUAAUACACAAGCAUGUUUAAUAUACUAAUUAAAUAAAUGUAUUUAAUUGUUAGUACAAUUAAUUAAUAUAGGCUAUGUAUUAAUUCAGAAUACAGAAGUUAUAAUAACUAGGAUUAAUAGCUGCUUAAUAGCAGUUAUGAUUGAUUAUUUAAAUUGUUGAAUGAGGCUUCUCUCUUUUCCACUGACUGUCAUUUUUAACUGUUUAAAGAGUUUUACAGAUUAAAAAACAUGGGUGCCUUGAUUCUGAAGCAUUAAACCACUACAUCAUGAAUUUAUU